AUGUUAAAAAUAAAAAAUAAUUUGAAAAUUUUAUUUAUUAAUUAUAGUAACAUAUCAGUAUCUAAUCUAGUUAAGAAUGAAUCAAAUUAUACCCAAUUAAGCGAAAAUGAUUAUAUAAAUAAUGCCUACAUAAAUCAGAACCCCAGAAAUUUGGAACAAUUAAGAUAUGAAAGGAAACCAACAGGUUAUGGAUUAGAAAACUAUUCAGUUGAUUAUUGGAAUAGGCUCUUUUUUGAAGCAACUAAUAAACAUACAUCAGCAUGGGUUGAACAUAAUAAGGGAAAUAUUAUUGUUUCUGCUUCUACAAAAGAGUGGGGGAUUGCCAAAUUACUAUAUAGCUACACAGAUGUUUGUGCUACUAUAAACAUAGCAAGAAUGUUAGCAGAUAGAUGUUUAAAAGCUGGAAUCAAUUUUGUAGACUCAAAAGUGUUCGCUUCUGAUUUUCAAUCUGAAAAGUUAAAAAUUUUCUGCCAAACAUUAGAAGAUGAAGGAUUGUGUUUAAAGGAGCCAGAGCAUAUUGUUCCUGAAAAAUGUGGACUGAGAAAGCCAAAAAAGACCAAUAAAAUAUAAUAUUUUUUACAUAUAAAUUUAACAUUAUUUACUAUCCCUCCUUAUCCAUGAAAACUGUUAAUUUGUAAUUUUUUACUAACCAUCAACUGAUUUAUUAUACUAAAUAAAACCACAAGUUUUGUCUAUCAAAAAGUUUGAU